UUGCUGCUGCUGGAUCACAGGCGGAUCAGAAAAUCAAUUAAGUUAUGAAAAAUACCAUUAAUUGCCUUUCUUUGUCACCGCAGCUCAUGAAGAAAUGGCGGAUCUCCAGACGUUGUACAUUUGAGGACAAACAUUUCACACCUAAUGGCGUGUAUAUCGACGAUAAAAAGCAUCUCAGUCGACAGGAAUAUUUACGUUUUUUAGAAAUACUGAAGAAUAUCUUCCAAACAUAUGAGAAUGAGCUGAUGGUUGUAGAAGUCUGCAAGAAGACGUUGCAAAAAAGAGAGAGGCUGACUGGAAGAUGCCAAGAAAAAAACAGCAGAAUCCACAGCCAGUCAAGUUGGAUUCUGAAGAUGGUGUAGCCAUUGAAGCUCCUGGUAACCUCAGCUUAGAUACAGACUUCCUUCUCGGACAAGACCUUGAGUUUGGUGAUCCUGAUCAUGAAAACAAGCUUUUAGGUCUGGAAAAGUUCUCAGAAGUAGCUGCUGAGAUUGGUUUCUCUGUGUAUCCUCUGGGUGAUGAGGAGAGCCCUGCCUACGGCCAGCUCAGCAUGGAAAGUGAAACAGACAACUCUCGCAGCACAACUGACAACGGGAGGGAAGACGAGGGCAGAGCAGCCCAGUCGGAGCCCACUUUUCCUCCCUACCUAUCCUGCAGGGGCUGCGGACAGCUCCGUGAUGAACCUCUGGGACCUGGCAUAGACCUUGUUGGUCCUUAUUGCCUUAGGUGCUGUAAAGCCUCCAGGGAAGCCAAAAGUACAGACUUCUGUUCACCUUUUGGAGGCAUCAGCGGACUGCCUCGCUCAUGUUCCCAUUCGCAGCUUGAUGGUGAAGGGGUGGGAAACGGGAUGGGGGACAAGGCACUUACAGCUGAGGAGAAAUCGGCCAAACUGCACUCGUGUCACCUCUGUGGCUUCUCCUCGCGUUACGCCAACCAUGUGAAGCGGCACAUGAAGACACACAACGGGGAGAAGCCCUUUAACUGCCCCUUGUGCACUUACGCCUCCGCCCAGCUGGUGAACCUGCAGAGACACCUGCGCAUCCACACAGGGGAAAAACCAUACAAAUGUGACAGCUGCACUUUUGCAUGCAGUUCCCUUGGCAACCUCAAGAGGCACCAGCGCAUGCAUGUGCCCUCUGCAGUGGUGGGACAGGACGCCACGCCGCGACCUUCCAGUGGCCAGAACAGCCUGAAGAGGCAUGUGACUGGGCAAAGACCCAGUGGGGAAGAGCCUGGUGCUUCAACCAAGGUUUCAGAAGUUGCAAGGCCACCGUCAAACCUGAGUUUGGGAGCCCAGAACAAUGACUCCCUAUCAGUCUUUGAUGACUUAAAAGGGGCUUCGCCACCACCCAUACCACCCUCUAACCCAGCUCCUGGCCACCAGCCUCCACUUCUUCUGCAAACCACAGGCAGUGGGAGCAGCAGGGCGACCAGAGGGGGCGUAGCAGACGGUGCCGCCCUCCCCCCUUCACUUUUCCCUUUUACAUGCCGGUUAUGUGGCAUUGUCCUGGAGGACGAGGACGGCUCUUCAGCCCAAAUUUGUGCCAAGUGUACCCUUGAAAUGCUGACUAAAGACACCUCAUCUAAUCCCAACAGCCCUGGCGAGCGCAGUGACAAGGUGUACACCUGCGCCGCCUGCCCCUUCCUCACACACUACCCAAACCACUUGGCACGCCACAUGAAAACUCACAGUGGUGAGAAACCAUACAAGUGCCCACAGUGCGACUAUGCCUCAGCGCACUUCGACAACCUCAAGCGCCACCACAGAGUGCACACAGGCGAAAAACCUUACAAGUGCCAUUUGUGCGAUUACGCCUGCGGGAACCUGGCCAACCUGAAGCGACACCAGCGGGUGCACUCGGGCGCCAAACCUUUCCAGUGUGCCGUGUGCAGCUACAGCUGCAACCAGAGCAUGAACCUGAAGCGGCACAUGCUUCGGCACACCGGAGAAAAGCCGUACAAAUGUCAGGAGUGCGGCUACACCACUGGCCACUGGGACAAUUACAAGAGACACCAGAAGAAACACGGACUGGCCACAGACGGCUGGGUCAAGGUUCCAAUGUCGGGCAAUGAUGAAGACGACGAAGUGCGGAAAGGGAUGGGAGUUGGAGUCCAAACUCACAGGAAAGAAGCAGGUGUUGAUAUGCAGUAUAUGUCGGGAGGGAGGUCAGACAAUACACUCGUGCUAUAAACUUGAGAUUGUAUAAAAUAUAACUCAGCAGAACUAAGCUACCAGCAACUUAUUUUUUUUUUUUUUUAACUAUUAUUUUCACAGAGCCUUUAUAUAGUUUUAGUGUGUGUCGGUCUGUUAGUGUUUUGUCAGAUGUCUUCAGAGGCUGCUAAUUGUUUAUUUGUAGAAUCUCGCACAAUUAUUGUUCCGAAUAUUUUGAUGCCUUUUGGGUUCAGUAAGGUGGAUGAGUCUGUUCAUAGUUUGUCUUCUACUCUGUUACUCUGUGUUUGUGUAAAGACAAAUGGAAGUCCUUUCACUGUCUCAUUCUGUAUGUUACCCCACACUAAUGAUGACAUUUCCCUCUCACACUUCAACACAUAUCACCACCAAAUACUCCUCAAUACAUGGAACUCAUGCACAUUUUUGCCUGAACUGUUGAGUUGCACUGUGUAGUUUCUGUAAUAAAAGAUCAUUUCUGUUUUUAUUAAAGUUGCCAGUGCCACAUGUUUAGGUCAAACCUUUUGUUUUGUACCUAAAAUCAAAUGAAAUAAAAUGAAUGUAACUUAUAAUCAGCUUUUCUUUCCAACCUCAUAUCACAUUUACAGGACAGAAAUAGAGAUUUACCUUUGGUUUGAUUCAUGUAAGGUCAUUUUAACAUUAAAUUACACUGACAAUAUGUAUGUAUCUUUUGACAAAUUAUUUUCCUGAGACUACACAGUGCAGCUAAAGAUGGGUCCUUGUGAGGGCCAGUAUUGUGCUUUCUUUGCAUUGUGGCACAAGCUCUGGUAAUGGCAUGCCUUCUGAUGAAUUUACUAAUGUAUGUACUACUAGCAAUGUGCUAUUUAAUAGUACUGGAAUUGUUUUCCACUCUAUAUUGAUUAAUUAGGUUGUGUUAACCUUACUAAAUAAUCUCCUGUGUCUUGAACUGUAUUGUCAUUUUGCCAAACCCCUCAGGAUAAAAAAAAAAAAGAAAAAGAAAAAGGAAUGAUGUGGAACGCUCAAACUAAAUGUUGGCAAAAAAAUAAUUCCUAGUUAUUCUAACACUAAAAUUGCAUGCACAAGCAUUUCAGUUUUGACUUGGGUUUUAUGGUUAAAGGGAAAAGCACAAUCAUACACACUCAGCUACACUUUGGCAGUUUUACGGUUAAGUUCGAGAGCAAACAAACAAAAAAAAAAGAAAAAAAAAAGCAUCAAUUCAUAGAUCGUACAUGUUGUUUAAAGAAUAUCCCCACAAACUUGCUACAUAUCAGUAAUCUUUAAAUUUUUUGGUCUUAAAUUAAUUUCUUUUGGGAAGUGUCUUCAUGGGAAGAGUCUUGUUGAGACUCUUGGUUGAAUCACCUUCUGUUGGAUUACUGUUUACUAUUGACUGUGAAAUUAGCCCAUUCUUGUGUUUUUUACUUGAGCAAAAAAAAGAUGAUACUGUUAGUAAGCAUGUGGGUGUCUAAUAGUUGUUUUAUUUUUCUAAUGUGGCCGUAAUACACUGCUAGAAGUGCAUACUUUAAUAUAUAGAAUUAGAAUUUUUUAUUUUAAUUUUGAAUGUGUGGUGUGUCAUUUAGUUAUAAUGGGAAAAACAAUAGGGACAGUGAUUAAAAAUUUACUCUCUUUGUGAAUGACUAUUAUAUGCAAGUGAUAUAUUUUUCAGGUUGCCAACUUGCCAUGACACAAUGGAGCAUUGAACCCAUUGAUUAGUACUGACAUCCCCCAAGUGUCCAUUUUUGUCCUUAUGCAGUGUCUCAUAAAUGCCUUAAGUGAGGAAUUUGAAAUAAACACAUGGGAUUCAUUUCAUUGAAUGUCA